GUAAAGUCUCUCGGGGCGCGCCUUUAGGGCCGGUGGGGAGUGCGCUGUGCAGUUUCUCUCCUGCUAGUUUGAAGAGGCGCGGGGAAGCCACUGGGUGUCGGCCUUCCGGUUGCUGCGCAGGAGCGGCCUUUAAGUUGCGCAGGCCCAGCACCCGCACUAAGAGCCCAGUGGAGGCUGAAAGCUGCUCGCGGGCGUGGGAGGGGCGUCGGGCCCCUCGGCGCCCUCGCGUCGCAAUGAGCCCACGCGGCGCGGGGUGGGAGACAACCCGGGGUCCUCACCCCGCCCCACCGCUGCUGUGUGGCCUGUACCCCCGCACGCUUUCGUCCUGAUCUGGGAGCCAUCUAACACUGCCCGCCUUUCCUCCCCGUGCAGACCCCCAACCAUGCCCGCGGGCGUGUCCUGGGCCACGUAUCUGAAAAUGUUCGCUGCCAGCCUCCUGACCAUGUGCGCCGGGGCCGAAGCGGUGCACAGGUACUACCGGCCGGACCUGACAAUACCUGAAAUUCCACCAAAGCCUGGAGAACUCAAAACGGAGCUUUUGGGACUGAAAGAGAGACAACAUGAACCUCAAAUUUCUCAACAAUAGAAACCUCAGAAUACUUAACUCUGCCAAGAACUCCGUGAAUAAUAUUAUAAGUAUUAAAUAUAUAUUUUUAAAGUUUA